AUGAAAGCUCAAUACCAAGCUACGAUGACGGGGAAGGUUCCUUCAUUCUUCCCCGGCUCCACAGUGAGCUCCGCUCUGCCCGGCUACGUCGCUCUCUGCCUCGCUCUACAGGUUCACAGGCUGGCGUUAGCACAGUUCACAGUGACUGGACCUGGCCAUCCAAUAACUGCGUCCCUAGGCGGGGAGGCCGUCCUGCCCUGCCACCUCUCCCCCAGGAUGAGCGCUGAGAACAUGGAGGUGAGAUGGUUCCGAUUCAAGUUCUCUGCAGUCGUGCACCUGUACCGUGAUGGGCAGGAUCAGUACGGUGCGCAGAUGCCCGAAUAUCGAGGAAGAACUGAGCUUUUGAGAGACAAUAUUACCAAUGGGAGAGUUUCCCUGAGAAUACACGAUAUCCAACCCUCCGACAAUGGACAAUACAAGUGUUUUUUUAAAUCCAAUGUCUCUUAUGAAGAAGCUUUAUUGGAACUGCAGGUGGCAGGUUUGGGCUCUGCUCCUGCCAUCUCUGUGGAGGGACAUCAGGAUCGAGGGAUCCGGGUGGUGUGUCGAUCAGCCGGAUGGUACCCACAGCCCAAGGCUCAGUGGAAAGAUCUCCAGGGGCAGCUCUUACCAUCAGCCUCUGAAAAAAUAUCCCCAGAGGCCAAUGGCCUGUUUCAAGCAGAGAUUGCCAUUGUUCUAACGGAAAAGUCCAACCAGAAAGUGUGCUGCUGUGUCAGAACCCCCCGACUCAACCAGGAGAGAGAGUCAGCGAUUUCCAUAGCAGAGCUGUUUUUCCCGAAGGUCAGUCCCUGGAUGGUGGCUCUGGGUGUGAUCCUGGCUCUCCUGACUGUUCUCAUUGGCCUGGCCAGUUACUGCUUCUGGAGGCAACACAGAGCAAAAGACAGGUUGGGUCCCUGCCUCCGUAAGAAGCCAGCUCCUGUCUACGCAGUGGACGUGACUCUGGAUCCAGAUACGGCAAAUCCCAAACUCAUCCUGUCUGAGGAUCGGAAACAUGUGAGACAUGGAGACACACACCAGGAUCUGUCCGACAAUCCUGAGAGAUUUGAUACAGGCCCCAACGUCCUGGGCGCUGAGGGGUUCGCGGGUGGGAGGCGUUACUGGGAGGUGGAGGUGGGAGACAAGACAGAUUGGGACCUGGGGGUUUGUAGGGAAUCUGUGAGCAGGAAGGGGCAGGUCACAUACACACCUGAGGCUGGAUACUGGACCAUGUGGCUGAGGGGUGGUGGAUAUAUGGCCAACACCUCCUCCCCAACCUCCCUCCCCGUGAGCGUCAGGCCCAGCCGGGUGGGGAUUUUCCUAGACUAUGAGGCGGGCGAGGUCUCGUUUUACAAUGUGACUGACAGGUCCCAUCUCUUCACUUUCACUGACACCUUCUCCGGGAAGCUCCGCCCUUUCCUCUCUCCCUGUGACAAUGCUGGGGGUACAAACGCGGCUCCCCUGAUAAUCUGCCCGGUCCCAGCUCAGGCCGGAGGGAAUCUUGGUCCCUGACAGUGACCCCGCGGCACAGACUGGCCCCUCCCAGCCCUGCUGCUCUUCCUGCCCCCAGUGGUGGGGCCCAGUUACUGCAGCAACUGGACUUUCUGUGCUGACCGGACGCUGCCAGUUUC